ACUGCGAAUGGCUAGAACCGCCAAGAAAAGGAAAGAAGAAGCAGCACAUCUGACAGCCUGUAUUUUUCACACAUUUGCAAUUGGGAUUUAAAAUCUCAGGAACUAGGGGCAGGAUUACAUGUCUAACACGCGCAAGGAUCCUUGCAAAGCCAACGCCUGCCGCAUUCAAGCCUGCCUGAACGAGAAUCACUACCAGGAGGACAAGUGCUUGGAUGUCCUGGAGGCGAUGCGCCAGUGCUGUCUAAAGUGGCAUAAGGAAUCGCUUUGCUGCAGUGGAAUCGAUCUGGAAAAGUCCUACAAGCCAGAAGCAUCCAAGGGGCAGCAGAACCCAACCGGCAAGUCACACAAAUAAUGACCACACCGCAGUAUAAACCUCCCAAGGAAAUCCAAGACUUGCUAGACAAAAAGGAGCAGCAACAGGCCAAUCAGCGCAGGCGUACCGCUGUGCUGCCCAAACGC